CUGCCCUUCCUCUAGUGCAGCACUGACAUACUACCUGAUUCAACUAUAGUUUUCUAAAUUGAAGACCUAGCUUAGAUGAAUCAGGUGUUUUAGAGCUGGGUUAGAACAGACCCUGGCAGUAUCACAUCUCUACACGAGUUAUCACAACUCUAAAGGAGUUAUCACAACUCUACACAAGUUAUCAUCGAGUUCUGCUGGGGUAUGUUCCAGUUUUUUUCAGUUAUUCAUGAACUCAUCCUAAAUAUUUAAAUAUGGUGGGAAACGUUGCCUUAAAGGAAAGGUCAUGUCGUUCCUCUCCUCCACUUCAGACAUGUUUGUUUUCAGGACGGUGGUGGCGAUGCUGGGGAAGGGUUGCUCGGCAGCAUCCUUCACAACUGUCGUGUUAUACAGUUCUGAGCUGUUCCCUACUGUGGUCAGGCAGAAUGGCAUGGGCUACAAUUCGUCCAUGGGUCGCCUGGCGGUUUCUCUGGCCCCUCUCAUUCUGCUGCUUGACAAGGUGUGGAGGGACCUUCCGCAGGUCCUCCUCUGCUCCAUAGCCCUGCUGGCUUGCCUGGUGGCCAGGAUGCUGCCUGAGACACGUGACCGCUGUCUACCAGAGACCAUUCAGGACAUUGAGGACGGGCAGACAGGGAACAUUUUGGCUGGAUCCCAAGUUGUGGAAACAACAGAAAUCCCUCUAAAAUCAAAGGCCAACGAUGAGGGGGAAAAUUGACACUAAGAUAUUCUUUCUGUAAAUAUUUUUUAUAUGCCCAAAUGUGCACCAACAACAAUUUUCAAACACCUUUUCAAGUAAUCUCAUUGUGUUUGUUCCACAUCAAAAACAACAUUCAAACCUUGCACUGAUUUAAUAAAACAAGACACAAGAGAAGCAUAAUUCAUUUUAUUCCUCCUAUACAAAUUCUAAUUUUCCACUCAAUUGCAAUACUGCAUUAUCUUAUUUAGUAAAGACACCUUUCUGUUUCAUAUGAAUGAGGAACAAAAUA